AUGUUCCGGAUCCCCCUGGGCGGCUACUUCGGGGUGCCGCCGCCGGGGGUGCACCCCGGGGUGCACCCUGGAGGGCACCCGGGGGGCCACCCGGGAGCGCCCUUCCCGCUGGUGGCGGGCGGCCACGGCCCGCCCUCCAAGCGCCCUGACAUCAUGUCCCUCAAACUCACCUGGCUCUGGAGCAACUUCGUCAACAUCGGGCACCCGGUUGCGGGGAACAGGCCGUUCCUGAACGGAGUCCCUCAACCCUUCUGGGCCCCCUCGGACGAGAGCGGCCGGGGAUUCUACAACCUCACCGUCUACGAGAUGCCCAUGCUCUCCGACUACAAGAGCCACGUGAGCUGUUCCUCCGUUUCGUUCGUUUCGCGGAACUUGGACUACCUUCAAACCAUGGCGAGGAACGCCGAGGAGAGACGCAUUUAUUUCAUCGUCGCCUGGUUCUUCGUCGCCCUCGCGGCCCUCUGCAUCAUCCUCAUCGUCAUCAUCUGCUGUGUCGCUUGCGCCUGGCGGAGGCGUCGCAGCUACCGCAGCGACCGCAAGCCCGUCGUCCCGCUCUCGGGCUCCGACCUCGAAAGGAUGAGGCGGAAGUACGACGACGUGUCGAUGGGGGCGUCGAGCAACGGGAAUCCGGUCGUGCAGGAGCCAUCCCGACUCCAGGUCGACAUCCCCGGUCCAGAGCCGAGAAGAGAGGAGUCGAGGCCAACCUUCAGCACGUUUCGUCCCCACGACUCGGACGGAUACGAACCGAUCGGAGACGGGAGACCGAUCGGGAACGGGAGAGCGAUUGGGGACGGGGGAACCAUCCACUGGUGCUCGGUGUGCGAGAGACCCAUCCCCAGGGGGACGGGGAUGUCCCAGGUGGAUUGCCCCGUCUGCGUCACGCAUCUCAGGCCGUUUGUCCGGGGUACGACGGUCUGA